AUGGCUCUCAAAUUAACAGGAACCCCCAAAUCUUCAUGUACCUUGAAGGUCCUUCUUACGCUAGCGGAAAAAGGCAUCUCCAACUAUGAAUUUAUUAACAUUGACUUAAUGAAAGGGGAACAAAAGCUGCCGAGUCAUCUCGCCAAACAACCAUUCGGUGUCGUGCCGAUUCUCGAAGACGGCGAGAUAUCUCUAUAUGAAUCCCGUGCUAUCUGUCGCUAUCUGGCAAAGAAAUACGACAACAUAGGUACCCCUUUACUCCCCGACUUGUCUAAUCUGACAACGAUGGGCUAUUUUGAACAAUGGGCGAGCGUGGAAAUGGCGAAUUUUGAUGCUAUUGCCCGCCCACUGCAGUGGGAAAUAAUUUUCAAACCUAUCACUGGAGAGUCAAAGAAUGAGGAGCUGGUCCACAGCCUCUUAGCAACGCUUGCACAGAAGCUGGAUAUUUACGACGGAGCCAUUCUUGCUAAACAAAAGUACAUGGCGGGAGACACAUUCACUCUAGUAGACAUAUUUUACAUGCCUCUGAUGUCGUAUAUGUUCCGUAUGGGCUUUGGACACAUGAUUACCGACCGUGCCAAUGUGAAGGCGUGGUGGGAGAAUGUAUCAAGCAGAGACUCCUGGAAGCGGUUUGGCGUGGGUGCAACAGUGUAA